ACUUCCAGAAGUUUUUCAAGUGGUUUACUUACUUGUGCAGAAGCAAAAUAAAAAUAAGUUGCAGGACUAAUGCUGCAAAAAGAGAAUAAAAAAAAAAUCAAAUCUGUUAUGUAAUAGGCUGUUUUCUAAAAGGCUCAAUUUCUGUUGCUCAGGGUCUUGGUUUAUUGUUUUCCUGGAACAUGAUUGAAUUAUGCCUCAGCAACCUACUACAAAGGACACUUUAGGCAGUACAAUAGCCUGCAACAAAAACUGCAGAUGUACUGUGUUGCACUGAUAUAUCUGUUGUUUCUUCAAAAUUUCUAACUCAUGUUUUGGGAUUUGGAAGUUUUGAAUACAUUUUGCAUUCACAUACCAGUGCCGUACUUAGUUUUUAAAUGAGAACGUGUUUACUAUUUUGUACACAUUUCGGAAAACAAUUAGGUUUUAAAACUACAGCCACAUGAAAGCGAAUCCUAAACUUGGAUUAAAAGCCCAAGUGUUUCCCCAGUCCUGUUAGGUCUUGGACCUGUAUGAAAGCUGGAGAAUUAAGAAUGGAGAUGUCUCGGCUCAGAGUUACUUUCUUUCGUCAGGUGUUAGUUAUUAUAUUUUGGAACUUUUUCCUGACACCUGGAGCUCAGCUUGACACACAUCUCCACGACUACUACGACGAGAACGUCAUUGAUCUACUGGAAGCCCUGAACAUCACUAGGUCUAUUAAGGGUGUUAGCAAAGCUAAAGGCUUGGAACCUGGAAUUCCAGCCUGGAAGUUCCGCCAGAGAGUGCCCCACUUGACUCUUCCACGGGAUUACUCCAUUUACUUCCUCAGCACAAUGCAGGGAUCCAUCGGCUUCCACUUCGUGGCACAGCAGGCCAAGAACUCAGACAGCACUCUCAUCUCCUUCAUCUCCCCCACUGCCAUGAAAAAAGAUGGACACCCUCUCCUCCAGCUGGUCUCUAGCACCAGGUCCAACCAGCUGCGGCUGGAGUACAGGGCAGUCCACAGCAUGGAGCCCGCCACCAUCCUCUUCCCAGGGGGCACGCCUUUCUCCAAUAGCAAGUGGGCCCGCAUUGCCCUUAACCUGGAAGCCCACAAGAUCACCCUCUUUAUCGACUGUGAGGAGUCUAUCAUAUUUGAGAAAAACCAGGGAGAAGAUGUCCUCAGUCUCAUCCUUCCAAUAGAUCUUGAAAUCACCUUUGCAAGUAUGCCAGGAAACAAGGCCAGCAAGUUCUUGGGAUACUGGCAAACAGCAGAGAUCUCUCCAAGUGGAUUCCUCAGACGCCCAUGGCACUGUGAAAACCUGUCAGAUUCAUUGCCAUAUUCCCUGGCUGAGGAGAGAUCUGUUGACUCCCAGCUGGAAGCGCCUCUGAUAACAGAUCCCUCCCAACAUGUUGAGCACCAGUCUGAUUUUGCAAACUACCAACAGCAGCAAAGUGAGCCUGAGAAUUUCCCAAGGGGACCCAGGCCUCGCCCCCAAGCCCAGGAUGAGCUUCUUAGGAGACUGGAGGAGGCAGUGGAUAACCUCAGCAUGAUGCUGGAUAUGGUCAAGGCCCAGAACACAGACCUGGUGGCUCGUGUGAAGUACCUUGAGACGUGCGAGUGUAGGAGGCUCACGUGCUCCUGGGAGGGGCGAGAGUACGUGGAGGGAAGUAGGUGGGACAAGGACCGGUGCACAGUCUGCUUGUGUGUGAAGGGCGAAGUGCGAUGCUCUGUAGGGGGCGAGUGUGCCGAUCCUUGUGUUUCCAACCCUUGCCUAAAUGGAGGUGUUUGCCAACCUUUGACCUUUGACUCUGAGCAACACCCCUCAGGAUUUAGAUGCAAAUGCCCACCUACUUCUACAGGGCGAUUGUGUGAAAAGCCAAUGAUUCAGGCUUGCUCAUUGCCAAAGAUGGUGGGCCAUUGUACAAGUGCCAGGGACCCAAGAAGGCGUUGGUUUUACAAUGCCCUUUCAGGAGCGUGCGAGGAGUUCACCUACAGUGGCUGCCGGGGCAACAGCAACAAUUUUGAGAGCUUAGAUGCCUGCCAACGACGUUGCUUGCUCGGGGCUUGCUGUUUCCGGGAGCCUAGAGUUCCAGAUGCCCAGAUGGGUUUCGACCGGGAAGGCUACGACCGAUAUGGUUACAAUAUGUCUGACCUCGAUCGCACUGGGAGAAAAAGACUGGCUGUUAACCGGGACCGGUCUGGACCUGCCUUGUUUGGUCCCAAUGGCCAGGUCUUCAGCGGACUUAGUGAUGGGAAGCGGUUUGAUAAGUAUGGGUUUGACCAGCAGGGAUAUGGCCGAGACGGAUUCCAUAGGGAUUCUGGUUUUAACUUGACAGGAUACAACCGGAAUGGGGAAUUCGACCAUCGUUAUGAAUUUAGCUUGGAAGGUUACAACCGGCAGGGUCUCAAUCGAGCCGGCUUUGACUGCAGUGGACUGGACACUGAGGGGUUUAGCUAUUUGGGACCAUGUGCUGGAUUCAUCUACCGAUGCGAGCAACUGCUUCUCUCUGACUGUCAGCAACUGAACAAGGACAACCACAGGAGAGACGCGGUGAGUUUCUCUCCCGGGAAGCAAUGCAGUGAUAUAGUUUGCGGGGAAGGGUGUGGCUGCUCGUUUAAUGGACAAACCUACCGGUUUGGGGAAUCCUUUGAAUACGGCUGCGAAGUCUGCCUCUGUACCUACACUGGUGCAGUGGAGUGCAGCUGCCGGCACCUGAACCAGCGCAAGGAGGUGCGAGACAUGACACUGAAAGAGAGGCGGCUUUACCAGCAGGCACUGCAGAGUCUUUAUUCCAAACAAGGUACUUGGGAAGACUUUGCUAAGAUAAGGGCGGAAUAUGCUCCUCAGGCCAAUGGACAGUACUCUUUCCUCCCUUGGCAUCGCUACUUCUUGAAAAUGGUAGAGAGGGAGCUGCAGAAGGGUUCAUCCUGUGAAAUCUAUAUUCCAUACUUUGAAUGGACCAUAGAUGCCGGGUCUAUGGAGACUUCUGCAAUAUGGCAGGCUAACUUCUUUGGUGGCAAUGGGGACCAACAGACAAACUGUGUUGCGUAUCAUCCUUUUCAACAUGAGAAUGUUUGGUCGCCUUGCCUUCGCAGGAGGUUCAACACAUCGGUUAUAUUACCAGAUGUCAUAAACAUCCAACUUAUUCUGGCUGAGGAGGAUUUUAAACAGUUCUCUUUACAGAUCGAGACAGUGUCAGGGCUCUUCCACCUCUGGGUAGGAGGACAUAUGGCAUCCCCAUUCUGCCCUUACGAUCCCAUAUUCCUGUCUCACUACGCCUUCAUGGAUAAGCUGUGGAUGCAUUGGCAGGAGCGUAGUCUUGAUGGGCUCCCCCGAUACCCUUUGCAACUGAGAUAUGUAAAAAUGAAACCCUUUGAAGUGGCUCCAGAUGAUGUUUUGCACUCCAAGCAUCAGCUCUGCACCAUUUAUGUGCCAGUAACUCUUGGUGCCCCAUGUAACCUUACCACCUCACCAACAAUCUCUGGAUUUGACAGUGAAGGGUACAGUAGGCAUGGCUUUGAUUCUGAGGGCUACAACCGAGAUGGCUACAACAGACAUGGUAUAAACCGGAGAGGAGAGAAUGACCACCUUGGAAUAUAUGAUAAGAAUGGGUACAACAAACAAGGCUAUGACCGAAGUGGCUUUGACCAGAUGGGCUGGGAUCAGUAUGGCUAUGGAAGAGACAACUUUGAUCGUGACAACUUUGAUGCUGAAGGGUAUGACAGUUCUGGGUACAAUCGAUAUGGAUACAAUAGAUCCGAAGUGACUCCAUUUGGGAUGAGAAGGGAUGGCACUAUCCUUCCUCAUAUAAGAGGAGAGGUCAUAGAUCAGAUGUUUGAGAAUGGAUAUGACAUAUUUGGCUUUGACAAAUUUGGCUUGGACAGCAGUGGAUUUGAUGUGUUUGGAUUCCACAUCAAUGGAUAUGAUAAGGAUAGUUGUAACUAUUUUUAUCACGGACCUCAUUACACAAGGUUCUACUUCUUUAUUCAGCUUCAAAUUACUAUGAUUGGAACAGACAUUUUGUCAAAUAUUAAGCGGAUUUGUCCCCGGAUAACUCCUUUGCCAGAAUGGUGGCUCAUUCAGAACUGGAUGAAUGUUGAUGUUCAGGAAACACUCACAAUGAUCCGCCACAUUGAACAGAAAUGGGCCUCGCAGCACCCAUUUGAUAGUGGGUAUAUUCCCAACAUCUCCUCGGUGCAAGAAAAUGGUCUGUGGCUUCCAAUCACCCCUGACCUCAGAUUUUGCUUUGAGUUGCACUGGUUUUCAGGGUGCCCAAUAGGUACAGCCCCUGUGACUUGCCCAGACCUUUGCAGUAAUGCCCAGUGCGCGGGCUACCAGGAAGCAGAGUGCCGAGUCCAUAACUGUGGAUCCUGCUUUACCGAGUGGUAUGACAGAGCAACGGGCAGCCAUGUCAUGUGUCAGGGUUGCAGCUACGAAGGCAACAUCUAUAACAAUGAAGAAUCUUUCAACUACGACGAAUGCACAACAUGUGUAUGUCUGAGUGGAGAUGUGACAUGUACAGCAGUACAGUGCAAUAAAGUGACUUGCAGCAACCCAGUGAAGAGAUCCGGGGAGUGCUGUCCUGUGUGUUUGGAAGACUGUGUAGACGGAAGGAGAAACGGAGAAAGCUGGAAGCCUGAUCCCUGUAGUAACUGCACCUGUGAAAAUGGCAACGUGCAGUGCCUGGGUGUCCAAUGCCUGGACUUGCCGUGCUUGGAUCAGUAUGUGCCUCCUGGGGAGUGCUGUCCUGUCUGUCGUCCUGGCUGUGAAUAUGAAGGAGAAAUGUAUGACAAUGGAGUCAUCUUCUUAUCCCGAACCAACCCCUGUAUGAACUGCUCAUGUCUGGACAGCUUGGUCAGGUGUUCCCCGGUGCAGUGUCAGCCGAUCUCGUGUGGGAAUCCUUUCCAGAAGCCUGGUCAGUGUUGUCCCUCCUGCCCAGCUUGUGAACUAGACGGGAGACCUUAUGACCAUGAACAGCCUUUCACCACUCUGGAUGGCUGUCAAAAAUGUACAUGCGUGAAUGGUAAACCAUCAUGCAUAGAUAUCCAGCAGUGUCCUCACACCUGUACCCACGGAGUUAAGCCCCCAUUCGGCCCCUGUUGCAGAGACUGCUCCAGCUGUGAUUUCCAUGGGCAGCUGAUACCUAACGGGAUGUCUUUUGUGGCCAAUGGAGAUGUGUGUGAGCACUGCUUGUGUACAAAUGGGAAUGUUGUGUGCUCAAGGAUCACCUGCCCUUCUCUUGACUGCACUGCCUUUGAAAAAGUACCAGGGAAAUGCUGCCCCAAAUGCAGAGGUUGUGUACAUGUCGGCAUUCGACACGAGCACAAAUCAGAGUGGAAGUUACCAGACAGCCCCUGUAAUAUCUGCAGAUGUUUGGAGGGACAAGUUCUGUGUGAGAAUGAGAGGUGUAACACCCCAUGUAGAAAUCCUGCCAAGCCCACAGCGGGAUCGUGCUGCCCUAGCUGUGAUGGUUGCCAUUUGAAUGGACAGGAGUAUGUGAAUGGAGAGAGAGUGUCUAAUGGAGACCGCUGUGCAGAGUGCACAUGUGUGAAUGGUGAUAUCCACUGUAACCCUGUCGCAUGCCCACCAGUGCAAUGCAGGAAUCCUGUUCAGAGGCCUGGAGAUUGCUGCCCACGCUGUGAGGAGUGUGAAUAUGACUCGAAGACGUUUGUUGAUGGCCAGUCCUUCAUCUCAGCCGUUAACCCCUGCCUGAGCUGCAGGUGUUCGGCAGGUCGGGUGUCCUGUGAGCGCUUGGACCCCAAUUGCCCUCCUAUUAGAUGCAGCCACCCAGCCAAACAGAUAGGGCAGUGCUGCCCCAGCUGUGAAGUGUGUGAGUAUGAGAGACGGAUUUACACCAGUGGACGGGUGUUCACCCCCCCAGGAAGCAGCCCCUGCCUGCAGUGCACUUGCAAUGGUGGAAAUGUGCGGUGCCAAGAGGAGGUGUGCCCACCUGUUCAGUGCUCUAACCCUGUGAUUGACCCUCAACAUUGCUGUCCAAUCUGCAAAGUGUGUGUCCUGAAUGGAGUGGAGUUUGAGGAUGGGACAGACUGGGAGCCUGAUGAAGACCCUUGCAGCACUUGUGUCUGCACUAAUGGGGAGCCAGUCUGCCGUUUGUCACCCUGCCCGCGCAUCACUUGCCUACAUCCUACUAAAAUGAAUAGUGACUGCUGUGCGGUCUGUGACAGGUGUACCUAUAACCAGCGCAUAUACAACAAUGGACAAGACUUCAUAGACCCAGAUAUACCCUGCCAAAACUGCAGGUGUCAGGACGGUACUGUGAACUGUAUCCCCACAGUGUGCUCUCCAGUGACCUGCUCCAGACCUGAGAUGAAGGCCGGACAGUGCUGCCCCAGGUGUCCAGAUUGCAUGUUUGAAAACCGUGUGUUUGUGAAUGGAGAAGAAUUCCCUAACCCUUUGAACCCCUGCCAGAGGUGUGUGUGUUAUAAUGGCCAUGUGAACUGUGAGGACCAUACCUGUCCCGGCGCCACCUGCACGUACCCACUGCCUGGAUCCUGCUGCAAAAACAAUUGCAAUGGUUGUAACUACGCAGGAAAAGAAUAUCCAAAUGGAGCAGAAUUUCCACAUCCUACAGACAAAUGCAAAGACUGUCACUGUAUAAAUGGCAAUGUUCAGUGUCUGUCCAAGAGAUGCCCCCCACUGCUGUGUAGCAAUCCGUUCCUGACACCCGGCGAGUGCUGCCCCCAGUGUCCUGCCCCUCCAGCUGAGUGUCUGUAUGCUGGACUCCCUUACAAACACAUGGAGCGUUUCUAUGACCCCUCUGAAAAGUGCCGUUCCUGUAUCUGCAAUAACGGGACCAUCACCUGCCAGCGCAGGCCCUGCGCCCCCAUCCUGUGUGCCAACCCCAUUGUACAGGACUGCUGUCGCACUUGUGAUGGUUGCUGGUAUGGUGGUAAAGAGCUGGCUAACGGGGAGCAGUUUGCAGACGUGUCGGAUGCCUGCAGGUUGUGUUUGUGUCGGGAAGGCACGGUAUCCUGUGAGAGGAGGGCGUGCCCUGCUGUGGACUGCCCAUUCCCUGUGCAGGCACAGUGCUGCCAGGCUUGUGAAGGAUGUAAUUACCUGGGUCAGGAGUACCUGAAUGGCCAGGAGUUCACUGAUCCCCAGAACCAGUGUAAGCGCUGCACUUGUAUGAGUGGAUUUGUGAACUGCAGUCCCAAACCAUGUUAUAACCCAGGCUGUACCCAUCCCAUUUCCCUUCCUGGAAAGUGCUGCCCAGUCUGUGAAGGGUGUUUCUAUAAUGGGGUUGUUAUCAUCAAUGGACAGACAUUCCACGAUCCGGCUGACUCCUGCUCCCAGUGUACCUGCAGGUCUGGCUCUGUUCAGUGCAUAAAGAGACUGUGUUCUCCGGCUCCUUGUCCUCACCCUGUUGUUGGGCCAUGUGACUGCCCACUCUGUGAUGGGUGUUAUUUCCAAGGAAGGGACUAUAUUGAUGGACAAACCUUUCAAGGUUCCAAAGGAGGGUGCCAGGAGUGCACAUGCUUUAAAGGUGAAGUGACAUGUGGAACAAAAAAGUGCAGUAAGGUCUCUUGUCCCCACCCUGCAAUCGACACAUGCACCUGCCCUGUGUGUGAUGGAUGUAUUUUCAGAGGCAGAGACUGUAAAAAUGGCGAAAGAUUCUUGGAUCCGAAUAACAAAUGUCAGCGCUGUACUUGUCUGAAUGGUGGUGUCACGUGUGUAUCAGUAACCUGCCCCCCUGUGUCCUGCCGUAACCCUGCCACCCCUCCUGGAGAGUGCUGUCCUCAGUGUACAGGGAUCUGCCACUACUUGGACCGGGUCUAUGAGACUGGAGCCACCUUCGACUCCCCUGCAGACAGCUGCUCGAAGUGUACAUGCAUCAAUGAGGUAGUGACUUGUCACAAGACGUCAUGCCCCCAGCAGUGUUCCCACCCAGUGCCCUCACCUGCCUGCUGCCCAUCCUGUGACCGCUGCUUCUAUGAAGGUUUUGAAUUCAGCAACAGGCAGACCUUCCACUCGCCCUCAGACCCCUGCCAGCGUUGCAGCUGUCUCCAUGGAAACGUUGUGUGCACCACUGUGGUGUGCCCCCAGACAACUUGUAACAACCCCCUCACUAAACCAGGGCAGUGCUGCCCCGAGUGCCCAGUGUGCUCAUAUUUUGGGAAGGAGUAUGCAGUGGGGGUUCAUUGGCCUUCAUCCACCAAUGACUGUCAAGAGUGCGCCUGUGUGCAAGGGGAGGUGAGAUGCUCAGAGGUGCGCUGUGAUGUCACAUGCAGCUACCCCUCCCGCUUGCCCGGUCAGUGCUGUCCCCUAUGCCAGGAGUGCUUCUUUGAGGGCGUGCUGUACAGCGACGGAGAAGACUUCACUCCAGACAACUGUAGGCAGUGCUCCUGCAAUGGUGGGAAUGUUAAUUGUGGGAACACCCUGUGCCCGAGACUGAACUGCAUGCACCAAGUGACAGACCCUGGCACCUGCUGCCCUCGCUGUAGAGGCUGUGUGUACAAUGGGAGGGAGUACACGGAUGGCAGCAGCUGGUUUGCUACCACAACCCCCUGUAUGUCCUGUAUGUGUGUGGAUGGAGUCACAACCUGUUCAGAGAUUCGCUGCGUCUCACCUUGUGUAAAUCAGAUCCAUGUUCCAGGAGAGUGCUGCCCCCUGUGUGCAGAUUGUGUGUACAAUGACAGAAUAUAUGGUCCAGGGGACAGCUUCCAGCCUGCCAGUGAUCCAUGUGAGAUUUGUACUUGUGAGGUGAUGCCAGAUGGGGAGCAGCAUUUACGCUGUUACCGUAAGCAGUGUCCGAGCUUGGUGGACUGUCCCAAGAAUCACAUUCACUUCCCUGGAUCUGACCAAUGCUGUCCUACUUGUGCACAGCCGCUGAGUAACUGCACAGCCACUCUUGUUGGCAGUGAAGUCCAUGCUACAGAUGAUCCAUGUUAUACCUGUCAGUGUAAGGAUCUGACUUGGAUUUGUAUUCACCAAGGGUGUCUUCCUUUAAACUGUCCAACUUCAGAGCAGUUCUUGUCUGUAGACUCCUGCUGCCCUAUCUGUGAUGAGUGUGUGAUUGAAGCUGAAAAUCGUCGUGUUUCUGAUGGCGAGAGUUGGACAGACAGUGUGGAUGAGUGCAUCACCUGUACAUGUAAUCUUGGUCACAUCGAGUGCCACAUUGAGGAAUGCGCUCCAGUCAUUUGCCAGGAUGGCCUGGUAAAAGUGAAAUCACCAGGGAAAUGCUGUUAUGAAUGCCAAGACCCAGACAUCUCGUGCAUGUACCAGGGCACCCUGUACCAGUCCAAUGAGCACUGGGAAGUGGAUGAGUGCACAACCUGCACAUGUGUUUCAGGGGAGGUCCACUGUCAAACUGAACGCUGCCCACAGGUCUCCUGUGCAUCGGAUGAGACCCCAGCUCUGAUUCCUGGCAUGUGCUGUCCACACUGCAUUCCUCGGCCGGCUACAUGCAUUGCAUUUGGAGACCCUCAUUACCGCACUUUCGAUGGGAAAAUGAUCCACUUCCAGGGGGCCUGUACCUAUGUGUUGGCCGAGGACUGUGAAGGGGGAGAUUUCAGCAUUCAUGCAACCAAUGAUGACAGAGGUCGUAAAGGAGUCUCAUGGACUAAAGAAGUCACUGUACUGAUUGGAGAUGUUGUGGUGCAGUUACUACAAAACUGGGUUGUUGUGGUGGACUAUCAGACUGUGACUUUGCCUUUCCUCAAAGAGCCAUACAUAUACAUAGAACGCAAGACAAACACAAUUUUACUGAACACCAAUAUUGGAGUAAAGGUGCUAUGGGAUGGGAAGUCCCACUUGGAAGUGAGUGUUCCCGGGACAUACAAAGGACACAUGUGUGGUCUCUGUGGAAAUUUCAACAACUACCCCCAGGAUGACAUGAGGAUCCGCACUGGACAGAUUGUCUUAUCUGAGGCUGCCUUUGGAAAUAGCUGGAAGGUACAAGCUGAGAACCAAACCAAUGCACACUGUACCGAUGGAGAGGAUAUUGACCCGUGCAAGGAGGCGGGAUACCGUGCACGCAAGGAGGGCAAUGCUAAGUGCAAGAUUCUGAAGUCCAAGGUGUUUGAGCGCUGCCACAAUGUGGUCCCGCCAGAGAUGUUCUUCGCCUCCUGUGUUUAUGACCUGUGUGCCUGCGGGUCCAAUGGGGAUGACUGCUUGUGUGAUGCUCUGGAGGCCUAUGCUUCAGAAUGCAGGGAGUCUGGAGUCAUUCUGCAGUGGAGGUCACCUGCUCUCUGUGCUGUGGGCUGUCCCCAAGACCGUGGUUAUAUUUUCGAUGAGUGCGGCCCUCCUUGCCCCAAGACCUGUUUCAACAAAGACGUGCCUCUGGGAGUGAUAGAGGCCCACUGCUUCAAACCCUGUGUACCGGGCUGCCAGUGCCCAGCGGGCUUGGUAGAGCAUGAAUCGCACUGCAUCCAGCCAGAGGCCUGUCCCAAGAUUAUCUACGGCAACAUCUGAGAAACAAAUACAAUAAGGAACUUUCAACCAUCACAAUAAUGGUGCUAUAACUUACAGACAUUGCACAGGAGGAAACCAGUUAUGAUAACAUUAGAUUUUGUUUUUAUCUUUAAGUCCAUGGUACAUUAAUUAAGUAUUAUCAGUGCCCCUUUUCAUAGUGUUCUCCCUGUAUGUUCAAGGGAAUUUAAGCCAUAAAUGUGGAGAGUACAUGCAAGUAUAGUAACUAUUAAGUUUGAGGGCUUUAGUCUUACAGCUACAACCACUGUAAAUGGGAGAAAGGUCUACACAAUUGGGUUUCCUAUCUUUAAAUAUAUUUAAAGCUUUUGAUGCAUAUGAGUUUGAAAUAGAGCAUUAAUUGAGCCAGAGAUCUCAUAUAAUGAGCAGAGACAGGUGCUUUAUUUCAUAACUAAUUUAUUUCCAGAGCAGUUAGGAUUACAUUUCACAGAGAAUACACUUUCUCAGGAUUCUCUGGGUAUAUUUCUGUGUUAAAGAUUCUUGCCCAAAAACAGGGACUGUAACAAGUGACAUAUGUUUGUUAUAUAUGCAAUUAUUUGUGAAUAGUUGUUUUCAUAUCUUGGUGGAAAUAGUAUUGUCAAACCCUAAGAAGUAUAUUGAAUUUUGUGACAUUUUCAAGACCACUGUUUUCUAGGUUAUAUAUAUAUAUAUAUAUAUAUAUAUAUAUAUAUAUAUAUAUAUAUAUAUAUACACACACACACACACAAACAAAAAGCUUUUGUAUUCAACUUCAGUUUUUUUACUAUGUAUUAUUUAAACAUAUUUAAUCCUAUUGUAUCAAGUAUUGUUUGCUUAUAAAAGUAAUAUUCCAGUAUUUUUUUUAAACAACUGAAAGGAACCUUAUGUGGCCUGGAGUGUACACACACCAAGAGAAAUUAAAAGUAAGGUUUUAAGAUUUAUCCUGUUCAGACCCUGGGGCCACACAUGUCCAUAUGACUAAUGGGUUUUCUCUGUGUAUGAAAAAUAAGUCGGGACUGAAGGAGAUCAACUAAAUUUGCCUGCGAGUUAAAUUAUGUUGGUGUUGUGAGAACCUGUGCAAGGAAUUGGCUUAUGUUCAGGACUGAUCACAAACUAAGAGACACAAUUUAGAACGGCUUAUCAGUGACUGUGGCUGCCUUCCGAGGACCAAUAAAUUAGUUCUAAGAAUCAGUUAGGCGGGGUUGUCAUCUUUAUUAUCAGGUCACUGCUGGAAACACUACAGGUUAUUCUGAUGAAGUAGUUCAAGUUAAUUUGCUUUCAGUACUGUUAAAAAAAUGGCACGUGCAAAAUGUUGUUGUUCAUAAUAUUGCUUUACUUAUAUUUGUAUACCUUCAUGACAUACAGCUGUCUGAUUGAAUAAAAAGGAAAAUGUAAUUAUCUGAUUACAAUAUGAAAUUCCUUCAAAUAUCAGUGGUUUUAUUUAUAUGAUUUCACUGUACUAAAUCAAAGUAGAUUUGUAUUUUAUGUUAUAAAUAUAUAUAUAUUCCUUUUUCAUAUAUUUCUUUAUUCUUUUAGAAAUCACUUGAUAUUUGUGAAAAGGUGCUGUUCAAACUGUGAUUUGAAGUAUUUUUAGAAAAGGUGGGUUCAAACUGUGAUUUGAAGUAUUUUUAGAAAUACAUAAUAACAUUAUCAGUGAUACUGGUUGUAUGAUUGUAUUUAUUUUGUUUGGGUUUUUUAUUGUGUUUUAUUAAAAUAUGUUUUCUUAA